GAGUAUCCUGAUGUCUUGGAUUUUCUUUCCAUUCUGUUGUGCUCUGUUCUCCUAACACCACCUCAUUACUAGACGUAGGCACUAGACGUGACAAUCAACUACAUUUGAACUGAGCAGGAGAAAUAUUGAAGGCACAGUCUCCAGGAGAAAUGUCUCUAAGGCAGCCUCAGUCACCUAAUCAGACUUUAAUUUCAAUCACAAAUGACACAGAAUCAUCAAGCUCUGUGGUUUCCAACGAAACCACAAAUAAAGGACAGACCGGGGACAACUCUCCAGGAAUAGAAGCACUGUGUGCCAUCUAUAUCACUUAUGCUGUGAUCAUUUCGGUGGGCAUCCUUGGAAAUGCUAUUCUCAUCAAAGUCUUUUUCAAGACCAAAUCCAUGCAAACAGUUCCAAAUAUUUUCAUCACCAGUCUGGCUUUCGGGGACCUUUUACUUCUGCUGACAUGUGUGCCGGUGGAUGCGACCCACUACCUCGCAGAAGGAUGGCUGUUCGGAAGAAUUGGUUGUAAGGUGCUCUCUUUCAUCCGGCUCACUUCUGUUGGUGUGUCAGUGUUCACAUUAACAAUUCUCAGCGCUGACAGAUAUAAAGCCGUUGUGAAGCCGCUUGAGCGACAGCCCCCCAAUGCCAUCCUGAAGACUUGUGCAAAAGCUGGCUGCAUCUGGAUCGUGUCUAUGAUAUUUGCUCUGCCAGAGGCUAUAUUCUCAAAUGUAUAUACUUUUCGAGAUCCUAACAAGAAUAUGACAUUUGAAUCGUGUGCCUCCUAUCCUGUCUCUGAGAGGCUUCUGCAAGAAAUCCAUUCUCUGUUGUGUUUCUUAGUGUUCUACAUUAUCCCACUCUCGAUUAUCUCUGUCUAUUAUUCUUUGAUUGCUAGGACUCUGUACAAAAGCACUUUGAACAUACCUACUGAGGAGCAAAGCCAUGCCCGAAAGCAGAUCGAAUCCCGGAAGAGAAUUGCCAAAACUGUAUUGGUGCUGGUGGCUCUGUUUGCUCUCUGCUGGUUGCCAAAUCACCUCCUGUAUCUCUACCACUCAUUCACUUACCAAAGCUAUACAGACCCCUCUGCCAUUCAUUUUAUUGUUACCAUUUUCUCUCGGGUGCUGGCUUUCAGUAAUUCUUGUGUAAACCCCUUUGCUCUCUACUGGCUGAGCAAAACCUUCCAGAAGCAUUUUAAAGCUCAGCUCUUCUGCUGCAAGGCAGGGCUGCCUGAGCCUCCUCUUGCUGAUACCCCUCUUAACAACCUGGCUGUGAUGGGAAGGGUCCCGGGCACUGCUAGCACACAGAUGUCUGAAAUUAGUGUGACCUUGUUCACUGGGUGUAAUGUGAAGAAGGAAGAGGACAGAGUCUAGAUUUCCAUUUAAAAUGGUGUUUUACCUCCCAGUGUGUGCACCCAUCUCUACACUGU